AAAGCGGGUAUUAACCUAUGUUAUAAGAAACAGAAACUAGGGUUUUAUUGAUUCAGCAACUUGGGAUUGAGAGCUGCCGCAUCCAGCAAGCAAGAGUAGCAACCACAGGAGAGGAAGAAUGUCUCACAGGAAAUUUGAGCACCCAAGGCAUGGUUCCCUUGGAUUCCUUCCAAGGAAGCGAGCUUCUCGCCAGAGAGGAAAAGUGAAGGCAUUCCCAAAGGAUGACCCCAGCAAACCUUGCAAGCUCACUGCCUUUUUGGGGUACAAGGCUGGUAUGACUCACAUUGUCAGAGAGGUCGAAAAACCUGGAUCUAAGCUCCACAAGAAGGAGACAUGUGAGGCUGUUACUAUCAUUGAAACCCCUCCUAUGGUGAUUGUUGGGGUUGUUGGAUAUGUAAAGACACCACGGGGCCUCCGAUCCUUGAACACCGUCUGGGCUCAGCAUCUGAGCGAGGAAGUCAAACGUCGGUUCUACAAACACUGGUGCAAGUCCAAGAAGAAGGCUUUUGUCAAGUACUCAAAGCAAUAUGAAAGUGAAGAUGGGAAGAAGAGCAUCCAGGCUCAGUUGGAAAAGAUGAAGAAAUAUGCAACUGUUAUUAGGGUCUUGGCCCACACUCAGAUUAGGAAAAUGAAGGGAUUGAAGCAGAAGAAGGCACACCUAAUGGAGAUCCAAGUCAAUGGUGGAACUAUUGCCGACAAGGUUGAUUUUGCCUACAAGUUCUUUGAGAAGCAAGUCCCCAUUGAUGUUGUUUUCCAGAAGGAUGAAAUGAUUGAUAUCAUUGGUGUCACAAAGGGUAAAGGUUACGAAGGCGUUGUCACUCGUUGGGGUGUCACACGUCUUCCCCGCAAGACCCACAGAGGUCUGCGUAAGGUUGCUUGUAUUGGUGCCUGGCAUCCUGCUAGAGUCUCCUUUACAGUUGCCAGGGCAGGUCAGAAUGGAUACCACCAUCGUACGGAGAUGAACAAGAAGGUCUACAGGGUUGAA